ACCACACCGGGGGACAUGGCUGCUCGGAGAGUGGCCGUCAUUGGUGCCGGCGCCUCCGGCCUGUGCGCCCUGAAAUGCUGCCUGGAUGAGGGGCUGGAGCCCACCUGCUUUGAGAGGAGCAAGGACAUCGGGGGGCUCUGGCGCUUCGAGGAGCACCCCGAGGACGGCCGUGCCAGCAUCUAUCGCUCUGUCAUCAUCAACACCUCCAAGGAGAUGAUGUGCUUCAGCGACUUCCCCAUCCCCGAGGACUUCCCCAACUACAUGCACAACUCCAAGAUCAUGGAGUACUUCCGCAUGUACGCCCAGCACUUCGACCUGCUCCGCCACAUCCGCUUCAGGACCAGCGUGUGCCGCGUGUCCAAGCGCCCUGACUUCGCCAGCAGCGGGCAGUGGGAGGUGGUGACGGAGAGCGAGGGGAAGCAGGAGGCGGCCGUCUUCGAUGCCGUGCUGGUGUGCAGCGGGCACCACACCAACGCUCAUCUCCCCCUCAGCUCCUUCCCAGGGCUGGAGAAGUUUGAGGGCUGCUACCUGCACAGCCGGGACUACAAGAACCCUCAGCCUUUUUUUGGAAAACGAGUGGUCGUGGUUGGCAUUGGGAAUUCAGGCAUCGAUAUCGCAGUGGAGCUGAGCCACACAGCCAAGCAGGUUUUCCUCAGCACCAGGCGUGGGUCCUGGGUGCUGCACCGGGUGGCAGACAAUGGGUACCCCUUUGAUGUCAGCUAUGCCAGUCGCUUUCUGCACCUCAUCCAGAACCUGGUGCCUAAAAGUAUCCUGAAUUCCUUGAUGGAGUGGAAGCUGAAUGCCCGCUUUGACCACACACUCUAUGGCCUAAAGCCCAAGCAUGGGGUCCUCGACACGCACCCCACUGUCAACGAUGAUCUGCCCAACCGCAUCAUUUCGGGCAGGGUGCGGGUGAAGCCAAACAUCCAGGAGUUCACAGAGACAUCUGCCAUCUUUGAGGAUGGCACCAGGGAAGAUGUCGAUGCCAUAGUUUUUGCCACAGGAUACAGCUUCUCCUUCCCAUUCCUCGAGGGCUGCGUGAAGGUGGUGGAGAACGAGAUUCCCCUCUACAAAUUCAUGUUCCCCCCUGAUCUGGAGAAGCCAACACUGGCUUUCAUCGGCCUCAUCCAGCCCUGGGGAGCCGUCAUGCCCAUCUCAGAGCUCCAGAGUCGCUUGGCCAUCUACGUCUUCAAAGGGCUGCAGGGCCUGCCGCCACCCGCUGACAUGCUGGCCGAAAUCACACAAACCAAGCAGAGAAUGGCUGAGCGGUACGUGAAGAGCCAGCGGCACACCAUUCAGGUGGAUUACAUCCCUUACAUGGACGAGCUCGCCCACCAGCUGGGGGUCAAGCCCAACCUGCUCUCCCUGUUCCUCACGGACCCCAGGCUGGCCAUGGAGGUGGCCUUCGGUCCGUGCACGCCGUACCAGUACCGGCUGCGGGGCCCGGGUGCGUGGGCGGGUGCCAGGGCCGCCAUCCUGAGCCAGCGGCAGCGCGUGGUCAGCGCCCUGCAGCCGCGGGCCGCCCGCCGCCCCGCCCGGCCCAGCGCCCUGCCCCACGUCCUCACGGUGCUCUUCAGCAUCGGCAUGAUCGUGGCCACCCUCGUCUACGUCUCGCUCUCUGCUUAG